AUGCGACCCUACAUUUUUACACCUGGUGACCUUAUAUGUCGAAAGGGAGAAGUGGCAAGGGAAAUGUUUAUCAUAGCCGAUGGAGUGUUGGAAGUAAUUGGAAAGGGUGGAAUAGUGAUCAAGCGACUCGAAGCGGGUGAUUACUUUGGUGAAAUCGGAAUUCUUUGUGUCAGUGGUGGCGGAAAUAAACGAACAGCUGAUGUGAGAGCGGUGGGCUACGCCGAAUUAUUUGUUCUUUCACGUGAGGAUGUUCUCAGCGCUCUUACUGACCAUCCAGAUGCCCAUGCCAUCAUAAUGGAGCAUGCAACUCAGCGCCUGAUAGAAUCGAAGAGUCGUGAAGACGCUCAGGUUUCUUCUUCAAAUAAACAAAACACCGAUGCUGCACUAAGUGGUAUGUGA